AUGAGUAAUCACUCUCUAGCAAACACAAGGCUUUUCCAGCCAAUCAGGGUAGGAAGCUGUCUUCUCAAGCAUCGUGUGGUGCAUGCUCCCACGUCAAGAUCUCGAUCCAGCGUUGAUUUUAUCGUCACGGAUAUUAUGCUUGAUUAUUACCAGCUGAGAUCUCAAUAUCCGGGCACCUUGGUUAUUAUGGAGUCGACUUUGGUGUCUGAGCUCGGAGGACUCAGUCCAUUCAAGCCAGGUGCUUUCAACACUCGCCAAAGGGCUGCUCUCGGCAAGAUUUUCCACGAGAUCCACCAAAAUGGCUCGUUUGUCUCUAUCCAAUUAGUUGCUCCGGGAAGAGUAGGCGCACCUUCUCUUGCCAAACAACAUAAUGUGCCGCUUGUAGCUCCAUCGGAGAUUUAUAUUGAUGACGCUCAAAAGCAGAAAAUCGCCGAUGCUGGCGUAGAAUUACAGGCUAUGACUGAGGCUCAGAUUGCAACCAUUCAGGACCAGUUCGUGGAUGCUGCCGUGGGCGUAAUUGAAGAAAGCGGAGCGGACUUUGCAGAAAUUCAUGCAACUUCUGGAUUUUUAGUGGAGCAAUUCCUCUCUCCCUUGUCCAAUCAGAGAACCGACCAAUAUGGUGGUUCCAUCGAGAAUAGAGCCCGCUUUUUACUUGAGUUGGUCGAUAAGUACUUCAAGCACCCCAAAAUAGGUCUGCUGAGAACAGCUCUCCGUCUUGGUCCUUGGUCUACUCAUAAUGGAAUGGUAUACCCUGAUUAUGAGAACAUUAGUGAUCAUCCUAUGCUCCAGAUUAGCGAGUACAUCAUGAAUGAAUUGCAGAAGCGCAAAGAUAGCGGCCUGGAGAUUGCAUACGUGUCGAUAGUAGAGCCGCGAGUGUCGGGAAGCGCUGAUGUUGAAGGCUGGGAGACCUCCAAGCAGUCCAACUCGUCACUUUUGCCACUCUACGAUGGAGUAAUCAUUCGCUCCGGGGCAUAUGCUACCAAUUACAAGGGAGAAAGUUUAAAGUCCAAUGUGGUUCGGAAAGUUGGUGAUACAUUGAUGCAUUAUGAGCAAUUGUUAAAUGAUGUCGAGGCUGAUGACCGAACCUUGAUUGGACUUUCCAGGCCAUUCACCUCGAAUCCUGAUUUGAUUGAACGAUUGAAGAAGGGUCUUGAGCUCACAGCAUACGAUAGACAGUAUUUUUACACUCAUACAAAGAGAGGAUAUUUGACCUUUGGCAAGUAUGACGAGGAAGUUGUUUUGACAAGCGACGAGUUGGAUGAAGUUGGAGUUCCAGUAGCUUGA